CCCCUAGCCGGGCCGGCGGCAGUACCAUAAUAUCGCGAGAACACGGCCGCUGCGGCAGGACCAGCGCCGGGCGGGCGGCCGCCGCCAGCACCCGCCGCGGGACGGGUCGGGUCACGCCACGCAGCUUGGUCAAAGCUCCUGGGUUUUUUUCCCCCCCUACUUUUCCUGUGGAACGAGGAGGCUGAGCGUGCGCUGGCAUGGCAGAAAAAGUGAACAACUUCCCUCCCCUGCCGAGGUUCAUCCCCUUGAAGCCAUGUUUCUACCAGGACUUCGAUGCGGAGAUCCCACCGCAGCACCGUACCAUGGCCAAGCGGCUUUACUACCUCUGGAUGCUGAACAGCAUCACCUUGGCGGUGAAUCUCGUUGGCUGCCUCGCAUGGCUGAUUGGAGGCGGUGGAGCUGUUAAUUUUGGACUGGCAAUUCUCUGGCUCAUUCUCUUUACGCCCUGCUCCUAUGUCUGCUGGUUUAGACCUAUUUACAAAGCUUUCAAGACAGACAGCUCCUUCAGCUUCAUGGCCUUCUUCUUCACCUUUAUGGCCCAGCUGGUGAUCAGCAUUAUCCAGGCAGUGGGAAUCCCUGGCUGGGGUGUCUGUGGCUGGAUUGCAGCGAUUUCCUUCUUUGGGACCAAUGUGGGGUCGGCCGUGGUGAUGUUGAUCCCCACCGUCCUGUUCACGGGGAUGGCGGUCUUCUCCUUCAUCGCCCUCACUAUGGUGCAUAAGUUUUACCGGGGAAGCGGGGGAAGUUUCAGCAAAGCCCAGGAGGAGUGGACCACAGGGGCGUGGAAGAACCCCCAUGUCCAACAGGCAGCGCAGAACGCAGCGAUGGGAGCGGCGCAGGGGGCCAUGAUGCAGCACGAGACGCAGUACUCGGCCACCCCGAACUACACCUACUCCAACGAGAUGUGAGCAGCAGGACUCUGUCCUUGGGCGAAAGAUCUGGGGGGAAAGGGAGGAGGAGGAAGGCUGAGCUGAGUUUCUGCAGCUAUUUCAGAAAGUCAGAGUGUACCAUAACGGUGGUUCUUUUCCCGUUCUUUGUAACAAGAUUGAUUUGGAUUUUUUCUUUUAUUCCCCCCCCCCCCCCCCCCCAUUAUUGUCUUGAGCUCUUCUUUUCUCCUUUAUUUUUCACUUUGAAGAGGCCAUGAGUUGACCUGCAGGGCUCUUGUUGUGUGUGGUAGUAAGUGUACAUUCCUGUGUCUUCUUUUUCCCUGUGAAAUAGUGUAUGGUGGUGGUUUUUUAAUUACUGUGGUGAUAGGUGUAUGUUUAGAACUACAUCAGCCAAAAGCCCCAAAAGGGAAAGAUAAAAAUAGCAACCAGCACCCAUCUCCCCUCUUGGAACAAGCCCUGAACCACAGGUUUCUGAUGUGUGUGUGUGAGUUGUUUUUUUUUCUCUUUCAGUUGGUAGUGUCCAGCCACUCGCCACUGUCUCAGCAAGGGCAAGCAAUCCCAGGAAUUCUCCCUUUUCUUUUGCUUUUUAACUAGCAGGUGGCUGGCUGAUUUAGCAUUAAAAAAAAAAAACCAACAAAAAAGCAAAAAAAAAAAAGAAACCCUAAAUCCUGCUGUUGAUAUGCUGGAAGCCAAGAGAUUCCUAAUCUUCACCCUGGCUCAGGAUCUACAACUUCUCUCAGUGUGUGGUGUUGUAAAUGAGUAGUUUACAUUUUGAUGUGGAGGACCAGUAUUGGUGUGUGACCGCGGGCUGGAGCCCCGGUGCACUGUGUGUGCGCGUGUGCAUGUGUCAGGGAGUGAGGACAGGUUUUCCCUGCGGGAUACAACCAAUCCUGUUCCAGACUCUGCAUCCCUGAGUCUGGGUUUUUUUAAAGAUUUCUAUUUUGAAAAGCAGCUAUAAAAUUGGCAGAGUUUCUCAGAGGACCUAUUCUUGGGUAAAGCUCUGGGUCAAAUCUUACCGCCCUGUGUAAGUAUGUACAACCAGUCUUACUGCCUGUGUAAAUAGCAAGGAUGAGAUUUGUCCCUGUUAGCUCUCGAAGCGUGCACUAAUUCAAGGCUUUUUAGGAAACCUCCAGGCUGGUGGGAAAAAUUCCUGCUUACUUAAGCUUCUAAAAAGCGCGGUGAAACACGGCGCUGUUUUUUUUUCCCCCGGUGCAGAGAUCCCUGUUCCUGUCAGCCCCGAAUCCUUGCCCAGUUUAGGGGAGGUCAGGCUUUAAAUACUGAUCUUGCACCUUAGUGGGAGGCAGCUGAGCUCAGACUAACACCUCUUGGGCUGUGGCAACUGGGGAAGGUGACUGGAAAAAAAUCGGUUGGUAAAUGGGAGCUGGUGGACGCAGGAGUAGGGACCCUAAGUUCCUUCUCAGAGAUGCUUUUUAGCCUCUAAAUGCACUUUAAAUAAGCCAAAUUUUUUUCUCCCAAGUCCUAGAAAAGCAGCCCAAACAGAAUCUGAUCCUUGGCUCAAAUAUCUCCUGCCCGCUGCAGGCAACGAGCCCAGCAUGCCACUAGCCCCCAGCCCCUCCGGUGAUGCUUGUCUGUGACUCCUUCCCAUGAGAAUCACCCCAAAGAGGAACUUCUCUUUUCCAGCAAAGCCCACCAAGAAUAGUUUCCUUUUUUUAAGUUGUUCCGCAGUAGGCAGUCGUCUCUUGACAACACUAAAAUGCAGCUAAUGAUAAAAUGCCUGUCUGUGUGUGUAUAUAUACAUGUAUAAAAUGUAAGGAGAAAAGUAAUCCUUUGCUGAGCCUAUUAUGUACCUAAUCAGGUUUAAAUAUUGUGCAAUUCCUUUCUAGCUAGCCUCAAACUUACUAUGCCAAAUCACGUGCUCUGUCAUCCAUGUCUGAGAAAUGAUGGAUUAAGUGACUUCACCUUUUGCAUUCACAGUAAUAAGAUGCAUAAAUAAUAACUGUAACGAGCUCUAACAGACAUUGCUUUGGCAUCU